CCUGUGCGGUUUGAGAGAGGCACAGUUGGAGGCGCUGAUUCCUACAAAAGUCCCCAGAGCCAGCGAGCGGCACGAUGCUGCGGAGGCUGGUUCAGCAGUGGAGCGUCCUGGUGUUCCUGCUCAGCUACUCCGUGCCCUCCCGCGGGCGCUCGGUGGAGGGGCUUGGUCGCAGGCUAAAACGCGCGGUGUCUGAGCACCAGCUACUGCAUGACAAGGGCAAGUCCAUCCAAGACUUGCGCCGCCGUUUCUUCCUCCACCAUCUGAUUGCGGAGAUCCACACAGCUGAAAUCAGAGCUACCUCGGAGGUGUCCCCUAACUCCAAACCUGCUCCCAACACCAAAAACCACCCUGUGCGAUUUGGGUCAGACGACGAGGGCAGAUACCUAACUCAGGAAACCAACAAGGUGGAGACGUACAAAGAGCAGCCACUCAAGACGCCCGGGAAGAAGAAGAAAGGCAAGCCGGGGAAACGCAGAGAACAGGAGAAAAAAAAGCGAAGGACUCGGUCCGCCUGGCCAGGCACAACUGGGAGUGGCCUGCUUGAGAACCCCCAGCCCCACACCUCCCCGACCUCCACCUCGCUGGAGCCCAGCUCAAGGACGCAUUGAAACUUUCACCGAAGAUCUUCCAAGGACACGUUACAGGAUUCUGUAAUAGUAAACAUAUGGAAAGUAUUAGACAUAUUUAUUGCCUGUACAUACUGUAAAUGCAUUGGGAUCAAACUGUCUCCCCAGGAAACUGCACAUGGGUCAUGUGAAUAUUUUUCCUUCUUUUUUUUUUUUGCCAAGGCUAAUCCAAUUAUUACUGUCACUGUUACCAUAAUUUAUUUUGUCAACUGAUGUAUUUAUUUGUAAAUGUAUCUUGGUGCUGCUGACUCUGUUUUUUUGUAACAUAAUGCACUUUAGGUAUACAUAUCAAGUAUGUCGAUGAAUUUAACACGAAAAAGUGUCUCUAUUUUGUGGUUCAUUUUGAUGAGUUCUGAAAUAUAAUUAUCUAGACUGAUCUCCCUCUGCGCAUGUAAAAAUGGCAGUAUUUUAAAUUUGUAAAGAAUGUCUAAUAAAAUAUAAUCUAAUUACACCGUGACUU